AUGGAACUCUUCGACUAUCGGAGUUUUCAUACCACGACAAAAUUCCCUGAUAACCGAGACGUCAUUGUGUGUGUGUACCAAGCUCAUGCAGAUGAGCACAUUGACUCGUUGAAGUUGCCAUGGACGAGAAGGACAUGGGCCGGGGAUCAUCAGACGAAAGCGUGUCUGUCUACCAUUCCCAAGCUUCACCACGUUUACCCUAUUGCAUAUGGGGCAACGACGAGCCCAUUCUUCUUCGCGUGCCUACCAGCACUGAAAAGACCAAUGUGCCAUGCUGUCAAAGUCAGCAAAGUUACGGGUGACUCUCAAACCGAGAACUUCUCAGUCGUCUAG